GCGGCAUGGUCCUCGUUCUUUAUAACUCUUGGGUCACUUUCUACAAAUUUCUAUCAUGGUACCUUUGUAGUUUAAAGUAGCUAGCGUCUGCAUUCACUCCACCUUCCUUUCUCCUUCCUUCUCUUGAAGCAUAUCUUCCUCACUUCCAUAAGAGAUACCAGUCCCUCUUGGGGAUUUAUACUAGGUUUGUCCACAUUGUCAUAAAUAUAUCUGAACGAGUUAGCCAGAAUGUCCAGCAGAAGGUCAAGGCAGUCUGGGUCUUCGAGGAUCAGCGAUGAUCAGAUCAUUGAUCUGGUGUCCAAGUUGCGCGAACUUCUUCCUGAGAUCCGCGAUCGUCGACGCUCCGAUAAGGUACCGGCCUCGAAGGUGUUGCAAGAGACCUGCAACUACAUAAAGAACUUGCACAAGGAGGUGGACGACCUCAGCUCGCGACUCUCCCAGCUCUUGUCCACCAUCGAUCCUGAUAGUCCUGAGGCCGCCAUCAUUAGGAGCUUAAUAUAAACUCUCGUAAUUGAUGUUAUCAUAUAGAGCCCUUCGUGUACUGAACCAGCUUGUGUUCUGCUUCCAUCUAGCUUCGUUUUCCUUCAAUUUUUCUUUUCCCUUUGGGUGAUUUUCAUAUCCCUAGAAUCAAAACAAGGGCUAGCAUGUAAGUAGAUAUCGUCUCUCCUGUACGGACGUACAGUGCAGUGUAAUUAGGCGUCGAGUAUAUAAUAAAAUGCACUUGCAUGCA